AGAGUAGGCCCUGACGUAGAAAGCGUCGUCCGGCUACCGCCGUCGCGUCGUCUUCCUCCAGGAUCGCCAGGGCCCGGCCUGCGCUCCUACCAACGGCACCCGGGGCCCAGUGCAUUCACAGGCCUCCCUUCCAAUGAUUCAAAAGUCACGCCCGGCGCUGCUGCAGCACCAAGAUGUUGGAGACAGGGUGGAAACGCUUAUGUUGCAGCCAGUGAUCAAAGCUUUCUUGUGUGGCUCCAUCAGUGGGACCUGCUCUACCCUCCUCUUCCAACCCCUGGAUCUCCUCAAAACCCGCCUGCAGACCCUCCAGCCCUCAGCCCAUGGGUCCAGACGUGUUGGCAUGUUGGCCCUGCUCCUGAAUGUGGUUCGCACGGAGAGUCUGUUGGGCCUCUGGAAAGGGAUGUCUCCUUCCAUCGUGAGGUGUGUCCCUGGCGUUGGCAUCUACUUUGGCACCCUGUACUCUCUGAAGCAGUACUUCCUGCGGGGCCACCCCCCCACGGCCCUGGAGUCGGUCAUCCUGGGGGUGGGCUCCCGCUCCGUUGCAGGGGUCUGCAUGUCACCCAUCACUGUGAUCAAGACACGGUACGAGAGUGGGCGGUACGGCUAUGAGAGCAUCUACACCGCCUUGAGGAGCAUCUAUCACAGCGAGGGGUUCCGGGGCCUCUUCAGUGGCCUGACAGCAACACUCCUUCGUGACGCCCCCUUUUCCGGAAUCUACCUGAUGUUUUACAGCCAGACCAAGAACGUUGUGCUUCACGGUUCGGACCAGUUGGAUGCAGUCCUUGUUCCCGUUGUGAAUUUCAGCUGUGGAAUAUUUGCUGGGAUUCUGGCCUCGCUGGUAACUCAACCUGCAGAUGUGAUCAAAACUCACAUGCAGCUCUCUCCAAUGAAAUUUCGGUGGAUUGGCCAGGCAGUUACGCUCAUUUUCAAAGACUAUGGGCUGCGUGGCUUCUUCCAAGGCAGUGUCCCCCGGGCCCUCCGCAGAACCCUGAUGGCAGCCAUGGCGUGGACAGUCUACGAAGAGAUGAUGGCCAAGAUGGGCCUGAAGUCCUGACCCAGCACGGACCGGGCAAAGAUGGGAUCUGUUGUCCUGCUUGGUUUCUGCCAAGGGCCGCUUCAUCUCACCAUGCUGGAGUCAGAUGCAGUCCUAGCAGGAGAGCCUGGCAGACACAUUGCCUUUAGUUACUCAGUUCAAGAAGAGAAUAGGUGGGCCCAACUGACAUAGGUGGGUCCGACUUAAGCCUUCUGAACCUCCCAGAAGAGGAGUCCCUGAUAGAGCACGGUGGGGAGCCAGCAAAAGGGUCUGCAUACCCUACAAGGCCAUGUGAAAAGGCAUUUCCAGAGAGAGUGCUGUUGGCGGUGCCGCUCAGCCACCCACUACACCACGCCGCCUGCUUGGAUCUGCUCUUGGGAAAGAAAUUGCAACCCCAGAGAUGCUGUGAGCUCUCCAUUGUGUCUGAGGAGUUCCAGCAGCGAGACUGGAUCUGCCAAGCAAGGAGUCACACUCACCAGGCUGAAGUCUCCCUCUGAGGUGAUGUUAGGAUGAAGAAGAAAAGAUGUCAUGACUUAACUGAUUCCUUGUUAAUUUCUAAGAGGCGCCAGGAAGCAGGGAAGGGAAUUAGUUUCAUAGCCUCUAAGUGUCCAAAUAAUAUUUUUUGGUUUCGGCCCCUGCACAGUUUCAACUUCAAGUUGAUCUGGCAUUUUUCUGCAGCUAAAGUUGGGAUAAAUAAAGUGAAGCAUUUUGUCACUGGAAAACCUCAAGUGCCAUGAGUCCAUCCUAUAGUAACAAAAUAAGGUGGCUAACACUUGAUCUAUAUAGGUCCUCAAGCUUAAAAUUGUUUAAAAUAGCUUUAUUUUAUAUGUUAUAUGAUCCAUCCAUUCCAAAUACACAAUUCUAUGAUUUUUUAAGUAACAUUAUUGUCUGCUGCAGCCCAUCAGCAUAAAUCAGUUUUAGAACACAUUCACACCUCCAGUAAGAGCUCUUAUUUACAAUGAACCCUCCUUCCAAGCCCAGGCAGCCACUGAUCUGCUUUCUGUCUAUAAAUUUGCCUUUUCUCUGCACUUCCUAUAAGAGGACUAAUACAGUGUAGUCUCCCAUGUAGUCUUUCAUAUGUAGUCUCUUGUGUCUGACUUCUUUCACUUAGAAUAACAUUUUGGAAGUUCAUCUAUGAUGUGGCGUCUUCAAUACUUGAUUCCUUUUUAUGGCCAAAUAAUCUAUUGUGUGCCUAUUCUAUUUAUCCAUUCAUCAGUUGAUGAAUAUGUGCAUCGUGAACACUUCUUGGCACUUACAAAUAACGCUACUAUGGACAUUCCUGUAUGAA